UUCUAUUCUACCGUCAGUGUAAGGAGUUGAUCGAGGUUGAGGAAAUGGGAACCCUGGGGAGAGCCAUAUACAGCGUUGGGUUUUGGAUUAGACAGACUGGACAGGCCAUUGAUCGUCUCGGUUCUCGCCUUCAGGGAGGCUACUACUUCCAAGAACAGCUGUCUAGGCAUCGAACUCUGAUGAACAUAUUUGAAAAGGCUCCUGUUGUUGAUACGGGUGUAUUUGUCGCACCAAGUGCCUCCAUCAUUGGCGAUGUUGAAGUUGGAAGAGGAUCAUCGAUUUGGUACGGAUGUGUUUUGAGAGGUGAUGUUAAUAGCAUCAGAGUUGGAAGUGGAACUAACAUACAGGAUAACUCCCUGGUGCAUGUUGCAAAGACAAAUUUAAGUGGAAAGGUGUUGCCUACUAUUAUUGGGGAUAAUGUUACUGUAGGACAUAGUGCUGUUUUACAUGGUUGUACUGUUGAAGAUGAGGCUUUUGUUGGUAUGGGUGCAAUACUACUUGAUGGUGUAGUUGUUGAGAAAAAUGCCAUGGUUGCUGCUGGAGCCCUUGUGAGACAGAAUACAAGGAUUCCUAGUGGCGAGGUUUGGGCAGGCAAUCCGGCAAAGUUCCUGAGAAAGCUCACUAAUGAAGAGAUAACUUUCAUCUCCCAAUCAGCCACCAAUUACACUAACUUGGCGCAGGUCCAUGCAGCUGAAAAUUCGAAGUCCUUUGAUGAAAUUGAGUUUGAGAAGGUCCUGCGAAAGAAGUUUGCACGUAAAGAUGAGGAGUAUGACUCUAUGCUGGGUGUUGUUCGUGAGAUCCCACCUGAGCUGAUUCUUCCUGAUAACGUCUUACCUGAUAAAGCAGAAAAAGCUCUUAAAAAAUGAAGUAUUUAAAAGCAGUCUUCUGUCCCACUCUUGAAGUGACAUCAAGGGAUAUUCUUGUUUUUUUUUUGGCAAAUUCAUGGAAAAGGGAUUAUUUUCAUUCCCAAUAAUACCAGACAUUUUCUAGGCUAGAAUGGUGCCUCCUUUAGAUCCAGGAAGCAAUUGUUCCAUGAUAUUUCAAACUGUUCUCUAGUUCGGGAAAGGCGAGUGCCCUGUAGGAUCAUGUAUUCUGAUCUUUAGCGUUUGAUGUUUCCAAUUCUAGUGAUGCCACAUUUUUUCCCCUUGAUCUUUAUGUUCAAGACAUUAUUUGUCUCAACUUGUUGCAUUAAUUCUCGUUGAAAUUAUUCUUAAUAUGAGAACAUCGACGCCUGUGUUUUUGUCUUUGGUAUGGAUACAUGCAUCUUCAUUUU